AGUGCUGAACUAUAUAACUCAUUUGUUCACUUUGCUGCAAAAAUAAUACAAACAUCAAAUUUUCGCAAAUUCAUGCUGAGAAAUUGAACGCAUAAAAUAAUAACUUAGUGCAGUGCAUUCUCACAGCAAAGGAAUUGCACCCAAGUGAAGAAAAGCAGAAGAGUCGCAUUGCAAGCGAGCAUCAAACAGCUCUAUUUACGUUUUGUUUAUCAACAUGGAAUCUGGCAGCAGCUCGAGCUCGACGUCAGGCAGCAGCUCAUCGAGUGGCUCAUCCAGUUGCACCGAUACGGGCAGCUCGUCGGACACCGACUCGAGCAGUUCGGCCGUCGCUGGUCCUGAGGAAAAGCCACAGCCAGCAAAGACACAACCAGCCGCUGUGCGUCGCAAGGCGGCAGCGACGCCGGCAGAGAAUGAGAAGCCGAAAACGGCGGGCAAUAACAGCGCUCUGAGCUCUGCCUCCAGCAAGGUGCGCUCUGUGGUGGCGGCCAGCAAUCAGCGCAACGGUGCACUAUCCAGCGAUGAUGAUGACGACGACGACGAUGAGCCGCCAGCGAAGAAGAAUCCACGCACCAUGAGCAACAACGUGGCAUCAGCGGCCGCCCGCCGCAAACCGUCAACUGGAGCGCCGGCCAAGCAGGCAGCGAGCGGACCAGCCGGUAACAGCAAGGCGCCGCAGACAGCCAAAGCCACGGCCCAAUCGCAGCGCAACGGGGACAACAAGCGACCGUCGCUAAGCUCCUCCUCCAUGAGCACGGAUGACUCGCACAAGGAUGUGAAAAACGGGCGCAAAGUGCCGCUCAAGUUGGCCAGCACUGCGACCGCUGUGCGAGCCAAGCAAAUACGCGCCAAGGCGCUGCAGGCCAAAACGAAUAGCGCCAGCAACAGCAACAACAAGAAUGGACCAAGUACAGCUGCAGCAGCUGCAACGGCCAGGCGCGGGAAGAGCCGCAGCAGUGAUGGCAGCGAUGAUUCGGAUAGUGGCUCAGGCUCGGAGACGAGCUCCAUUAGCGAGUCGGAGGGCACGGACUCGACCAACUCGUACAGCUCUCAGCCGGCGACAGGGAAAUCCAAUGCCAAGGGCAAGCGCGCUGCUGCUGGAGCCGGCGAUAGCGAGGAGGAGCGCAAGGAUAAGGCGAAUCCCAUGCGCAAGCUGACGCGUUCGCUGAGCAUGCGCCGCUCCAAGCAGCAGCAGCUGAAGCCGGGCAGCGAGAGCGAAACGGAUGCGGAUCUCGACAAGGAGGACGACAAACAGCGCGUGCUCUCCAAGAGUCCGGCCAAAAAGCCGCCCACCGCCCACAUAGGGCUCAACAGCAAAUGCAAGGUGAAGAAAGAGAUGAACUCAAUGAAGUCGCGACCCGUUUCGCCGGCCAUUCAACUGGAGAAGAAGUGCCCCAUCGAGGGCUGUGACUCGUCUGGCCAUUUGAGCGGCAACUUGGAUCGCCACUUCCUGCCCGAAGCCUGCCCCAUCUUCCACAACAUGUCCGCCUCGGAGUGCAAGGAGCGCGCCAACGAACGCAAGCUGCGCAACGAGCAGCGCCUCAAGAUGCCCAUCAACAUUGUGAGCGCGCCGGGCAAUCAGAACAGCAAUCUCAAGUCCCUGACGCCCGAGCAGCGUGAGUUCCUGGCCAAAAUACGCGAAUCACGCGCCAACUUCCGGCCCAUAAGCAACUCGUUCUUGAACGACAAGGUGAAGAUAGACAAAGACUGCACGGACGAAGAUCGUGAACCGAAUCUCGCUGGCCUGGUGCCCGACUACGAUUUGCAGCUGUUUCGCGAGGCCCAGGCCCUGGCCUCCGAGCGCAUCGAGGACGAGCUCAAAGAUCUGCCCGUUGGCAAGGGCAUCAAAUACAUCAGCAUGGGCAAAUACAAAAUGAAGGUGUGGUAUCAGUCGCCCUAUCCGGAUGACGCCGCCCGCCUGCCCAAGAUGUACAUCUGUGAGUUCUGCCUCCGCUAUCAGAAAUCCGAGACGGGCAUCAAGCGACACGCCCAGAAAUGCGUCUGGCGUCAUCCGCCCGGCGACGAGAUCUAUCGCAAGGGCAAACUCCAGGUGUGGCAGGUGGAUGGCAAACGGUAUAAGCAAUACUGCCAACACCUGUGUCUGCUGGCCAAGUUCUUCCUCGACCACAAGACACUCUACUAUGACGUGGAGCCGUUCCUCUUCUACAUCAUGACACUGGCCGACGUCGAUGGAUGUCACAUUGUGGGCUACUUCAGCAAGCAUAUUCCAUUUCUGCAGGAGAAGAACUCAUUUUACAACGUCUCCUGCAUUCUGACACUGCCUCCAUAUCAGCGCAAGGGCUACGGCAGACUGCUCAUUGAUUUCAGCUAUCUGCUAACCCGCGUCGAAGGCAAAAUUGGUUCGCCGGAGAAGCCGCUCUCGGACCUGGGUCUCAUAUCAUAUCGCUCUUAUUGGAAGGAUGUGCUGUUGGACUAUCUGUGCAAUCGUUCUGGCAAUACGAUAUGCAUCAAAGACGUCUCUCAGGAAAUGGCCAUCUAUUCGUAUGAUAUUGUGAGCACACUCCAGGCGCUGGGCAUGAUGAAGUACUGGAAGGGCAAGCAUAUAGUGCUCAAAAAACAGGAUGUGCUGGAUGAGUAUGAGGAGCGAGUGAAGCGCCGGGGUACGUUUCCCAAAAUCGACGACUCCUGUCUGCGCUGGCAGCCCUUUAUACCGGCACAGCCGAGCGCCUCCCCUUAACCACGUGGUUGGAAGCACGCCCAGGUGUGCUUGGCGGACUCUUCGUAAAUCUGUAUUUCCAUAGAGAUUCAUUAUAAUUUGUGUAUAUUGCUUAAGGCCUCAAGUAUUUGUUGGUAGCUAAUUAAUAAUUGCAGAUACAUACAUAGUAAUCAAACUACAAAUUCCACACAAUACCAAUUCUGAUUCUGACUAAAAUAUAUAUGUAUAUAUGUAUGUAUGUAUAUGUGUAUGUACUCGUUGUUGAGCAGCAAAGAAACCAGCCGCCGCCGUCUUGAGAUUUAUAAUUUUUUUUUUCUUUUCUACUUCGUUUUUUAUUGUUCACCACUGAGCUCAUCACUUCAGGGGCCCCAAGAUGAAUCAUGGAAGCGGGCAAGAAAAGCCAACGCGUUUACAUGGCAGUUGUUGUCGGGCAGGGCGGGGCUGGGGCUGGGGCGGUCUGUGUAGCAACAGCGCAUCGCAAAAAGUGCACACUGUGAGGCAGAGGCAGAGGCACAAGCGACGACGACUGCAACAGCAACAGCAGCGGCGCAUUGACAUUGCCGCCCAGACACUCCUCGGGUAGUGAGUGAGGCAACGCCACAGACACACUCACACGUACACGCGCGCAGACAGUGGCAAACACCAAUACCAAAGCACAGAGAAACAAAGCGUCAGACAGGUAGCGAGCAGAGAGCAGCAAACAGCGAACAGGGGCUGAAGAGACACAAAAACUGCACAAGCCAAGGGAGCGCUCAGGGACUACGACAGCGACUGCACGCCACGUUUAUGGC